UCAUGUCUAGGACAGACUCAUUUUCGGAAAUGUUUUGCAGCAGAAACAUCUUUCAACCACCUUCACUCUUGCUGGACCAAAAAGAUUUGGAAAAUCCUGGAAUGGCAACAUAGGCCAUAAAACACUUAUUCCUUCAAUUAACGUCAAUUAAUUAUUUGACUUUUAAGGAAAACGAUUUCUGCAAAAAUCCUUCGUGUUUCAUUAGGGCAAAGUUUGGACUGCUUUUCAGAGGUGAGCACAAGAGGGAAUGAGAGAGGAAGUGGCGAUACAGAGGAUAUUUUUGUCCAUUCUUCAUCUACAGGAAGCCGGGCUUCACUUUCUCCCCCUGCUUUCUCGUCAGUCUUUUUGUGGAACCCCUGUACUCUUCCCCGCGCUUCUAUCAGUGUCUUUAACUAAUUUUCUCUGUGUUGUCAAGUCUCAGUGAUGGACAGUGAUGGAUUGUCUGGGCUCUGGCCUCAGGAAAGCUCUCCUCCACCGCACUGCCUCCGAUAAAGCUGGUAACCCCAGCUGCUUUCCCUCCAAACAAUCUGAGGAAGAGGAGCCUUGUGUUGGGGUGAAGAUCGCUCAGAACAAAGCCGUUGGUAGCCACAGUCCUGAUGAGCAAGGCCGUCACAAUGAGAAGCUGAGCCGUGGAUGCAGAUUCAGCAAUAAGAGCCUUACUGGAGUAAAUGGAAGAGUUUCAGGUCGACGGCCACUUCUGCAUCCCAAACCACAAGUGCCUCCUAAGCCAGAACACCUUCAGAGUCCGGUGACAGAAGUCUCCUUUCCUCUGACUGCUGGAACAUCACCCAUCACUCCCAACAUGGAUGGAGGAGGAGUAGGAGGGGCAAAAGGGAAGGGCAUAGUGUCCAACCUCAUCAGUCGCUUUGAGGAGAACAGUCUCACAGAUAUUCGGAGGGAGGGCGCUCCUCUGAAACAGGUCAGCAGAUCUAACUGCAGCCCGGCUCACAAAAUCUACCAGAGACAGACGGAGCAGCCCACAGACCCCGGCUCUCCUGCGAACACCCCUCGCCAUGCUCUCAAACCCCCCAAUGGGGUUCUAGCCCUACAGAAAAGAGAACAGGACAGGAACCGGGAGAUGGACGGAAUCAAGCACGGCACUGUUUCAGCCGUGAGGACAGACAGGAAGGGACUGCUGAACGGAGAUGCCGCCGAUGUGGCUAAGAGGGAAAUUACGGACGAGGACUGUGUAGAUCCACCUCACACUCGCAUAGAACGGGCAGAAGAGGAGGAGAGGAGAGCGCCGGAGCAGAAUGACGUUGUGAUGAACAGCGUCCCAGAGCAGAAGGAAACAAAUGAGCAGAAGCUCUACAAGAUCGCAAACGAACUUCUGCAGACAGAGAAGGCUUAUGUUGCACGACUCAACUUAUUAGAUAAGGUGUUUUAUGCCAAGCUGUUAGAAGAAGGAAAAAAAGACACGUUCCCCAUGGAUGUGGUGAAAAACAUAUUUUCCAACAUCUCUUCCAUUAAUACCUUCCACAGCCAGUUCCUUCUGCCUGACCUGGAAAAACGCAUGGGGGAAUGGACGUCAACACCUCGCAUUGGGGACAUCCUACAGAAACUCACUCCCUUUCUGAAGAUGUACGCUGAGUAUGUGAAGAACUUUGAUAAUGCCAUGGAUCUGCUGAAGCAGUGGAUGGACCGAUCGCCUCCAUUUAAAGCCAUCAUUCUGGAAAUCCAGAGUCAAGAAGCAUGUGGAAGUCUGUCGCUUCAACACCACAUGUUGGAGCCCGUUCAGAGAGUGCCACGAUACGAGAUGCUGCUCAAAGACUAUCUGAAGAAGCUUCCUCACGAUCACAUAGACCGGCACGACGCUGAAAAGUCUUUAGAGAUCAUUUCCAUGGCUGCCACUCAUUCCAACACUGCCAUUAGGAAAACAGAAAACCUUAAGAAAUUGCUGGAGAUUUAUGAGAUGCUGGGGGAGGAAGAGGACGUUGUGAACCCUUCAAAUGAGUUAAUAAAAGAGGGUCAUAUUCUGAAGCUGGCAGCAAGAAACACUUCAGCCAUGGACCGAUAUCUAUUUCUAUUCAACAAUAUGCUGCUGUACUGUGUUCCAAAGUUCAGCUUGGUGGGACAGAAGUUUACAGUCCGCACACGUAUCGGCAUUGAUGGCAUGAAGGUGAUUGAGACAUACAAUGAUGAUUAUCCUCACACCUUUCAGGUUUCUGGAAAGGAACGGACACUGGAACUGCAGGCCAGCUCUGAACAGGAUAAAGAAAGCUGGAUAAAGGCGUUCCAGGAAACGAUACACAUCUAUCUCCAGAAAAAUGAGACCUUUAAGUCAGCAUUCAAAGAUGUGGAAGAAGUAACGGAUCUCAAGAUAUCAGAACUGGGUAAAAGAGCUCCUCGCUGGAUCCGAGACAAUGAGGUGACCAUGUGCAUGAGAUGCAAAGAGCCCUUUAACGCCUUGACACGCAGGAGGCAUCACUGUCGGGCCUGUGGAUAUGUGGUCUGUGGGAAGUGCUCAGACUACAAAGCCCCUCUGGAAUAUGAUGGGAAUAAGAUAAACAAGGUUUGCAAAGACUGUAACUCCAUCCUGACAGGCCACACAGACAGCGAGGAGAGAGAGGGCAAGAAGAAGGGAAUUCUAGAGAUUGAAGCCGCUCAGUUCUCGGGCAACAGUAUCAUGUGUGGCUUCCUGCAGUACUGCGAGAAGAACAAGCCCUGGCAGAGAGUCUGGUGUGUCAUUCCUCAGAAAGAAGCUCUAGUUCUCUACUUGUACGGAGCACCUCAGGAUGUCAAGGCCCAGUCCACGAUUCCUCUGCUCGGCUACCAGGUGGAGGACAGCCCGAAACCCACCGACCCUUCCGCGAGCUUCAGACUAACUCAGUCUAAAUCAGUCCACAGCUUUGCAGCAGAGAGCGAGGAACUGAAGCAGCGCUGGCUCAAAGUGAUCCGUAUGGCAGUGACAGGAGAGGUUCCAGAAUCGCCUGAAGAAAGCCAUUCUACGGAAAUCACCCAAGAGCCGAGCUCUAAUGGUGUCUGAGCAAAGAGAGCAAACUCUUGUAGAAGAUUUUAGUACUGACGUGUCAGGGCUGUCGGUUUGCCAGUUGUCCUAAAGUUCCAUUUGGAUUCUGAACACAUGCAGAAUAUGGGGCUUUAAAGCAUAUGGAUAUCAGCUUGACCCUUACCUGACAGAUUUUGAAGUUCACAAAGGAUGCAAACAUACGGGACACAUGUGAAGUGUACAUGGAGGAACGGAGACAUGCUAUUCAUCAUCACACCAUACUGACGCAGCACUGUUUUAAGCCUGUAUGUAAAAAUACACAAUUCAGAACAUUUACAUGUUGUAUGUAUAGCAUAUUGAGGCAGAAAUCCAGACGUGUUGACACCAUUGUAAAAUAAUGAUUUGUAUAUGUAGGACUUGAGCGCGUUUCAAAAGACAAGAUUGCAAUUUACUGCAAAUAUAUACAGUAUAAUGCAUUCAGAUGCAAAAUGCUCUGCAUGCAAUAGACACUGCUUCUUUAAAGCCAGCAGACAUGUGUUGAUCUUAGGUUGGGUUGCAGCGGUAUCAUGGUAUUGAAAUUGACAAAUUGCUUAUCUAGUAAGGCUGCAUAAAGCGUCACAUUUACUCGUAGCCCAAUUUCCUUACUUUUGAUAAGAAACAAAGUCUCAGCUUUCAAAUUCUGUCAAUUUUAUCUCAAAAUCCAGAUAAUAAAUGACGUUUUGGCGCUCUUUUAUGUGUGACAGACAAGUGGUAAGUUAGCGUGGAGCAGGUGUGGAGCGAUCGGUUUACACCUAACUAACAUUACCACGAAAUAAAUGUGAAUGAACAUCAGAAGGUAUGUUGGAAGAUUCCGACCUUCAGUGUUGUAACCACGAAAAGAAGUCAAUGAAACGGCUUGUGAAUAACACGUGACAACGUUAUAUUUAACUUACCUCAGGAAAGUAUGAGUUAGCCAGAAGAAAGGACUCUAACCUGCUAAUAAAUGUUUUAAUGGAAACUACCUUAUGUGCAAUUGAAAUGUUUUUCAGAAAAUCUGAGUAGCCUACUAAAUUCAGUACUUCGGUCUCUGUCCUUAGUAACUAUUCAAUAUUAGUAGUUUCAUUUGAGAUGGGUGCAGAUGUGCAGCUAAGCUAAACUGGAUAUAAAUACAUAAUCAAAUAUGGUAUACAGUAUAACCUAUUGUUACCGCUGCAACCCUAACCAAGGAAGCAGAUCUAACAUGUCGCUUACGGGGGAAUGUCUGGUUUGCAGUGCCUCAGCACAUCAGAAAUGAAUCGUUGAAAAACUUCAAAAGUCUGCUGUACCUGGAUUUGUUUCCAAAACGAAACCGCAGCAGUCUCUAGAUAAUGUGAAUAAUGUUCACUCACCAUAAGCUGGUUCUCAUUUAAAAGCACAUUCGAAUCAAACAUGAACUAAUUUGUGGCUUUGGUGUCAGUAGCUCAGCUGACUUUAUCAGCUCUCUAAUCAUGGUAAUAGUGUCAGUAUUUAGUGAAAUAACUGGUUGUAAAAUCAAAUCUGUGUUACAGUUUCUGUAAUGGAUCUUUUAUUGGUAGACAGUCAGUUGACCGGAGAUGGUUUUGUUCUGUAUAUCUGCUGUGGGCUGCACGAUCACACUCGGUUCGUCCUCUGGAGCAGGGACACAUGUAUAUGUUCUUUAAAUACUGUAAUUCUAAUUUUAUUAUUUAAAAAUAAUUUAUAAUGGAAAUGCAUGAUUUUACAUAGCACAAAAUUACAUUUUCGGUCUCUAAGUUUAGAGCCAACCAUUUAUUCAUACCUUUGUAUUUAAGAAAUAAGCAUGAAUUUCAUUCACACUAACAUCUGCGUAUCCUUCGCAUUACUGGAAAUGAAUUUGGCUUCACUUUCAUCACAUCAACGUCGUGAAUUACAGGCCUUCUUUCACACUCAAAUCAUUUUAAGCUGAAUUUUCUUUUGAAAACAAACUACUAUUUGGAUCGAUGUGUCUGAGAAACUGUCAUGUGGUAACUAUGAACAAUUCAAAAGCUACUUGACCUUGAAACAUAUCUCGGCUGUGAACUGUAGUCAUAUUUUUGUCUCCGUCAACCAGUUGUUGAUUUCAGUGACCAUAUUUUCUGAAUGGGACGUGCCUAUGACAUUUGUAGUUCUGCACACAUUUUUAAAGGUAAACUAUGAAAGCAACUAGGUUGGUAUAUUAAAAGUGAGUUUCUGUAUUAAAACAUGGAUGUGUGCUUAUUGUUGCCAUUUGAAACAAUCCUUACCAUGCGAUCUGAAUGUAUUCUGCUGGUUCUCACUCCCACAAUCCCUUACACAGUAAAGCUACAUCAGCUCUCAAAACUGAGACAGACCCUGUUUUAUACAUACAAAUGAAACUGAAAAUUACGCACUUUACUGUUUUCAUAAAGCGUACCUUGUAAAAUAAAACAAGAUUAUUCUGCAA